AUGAAAAACCAACAACAACUUGCAGUCCUUCUUCUUCUUGCUUUGAUCGGCUGCUGUGUAUUCCUUCUCUCAACAUCAACAACCAUGGUUUCGGCCAACACCGAACAUGCCACCGUAUUGGCACAAGUAAAUGAGUUGGAAGAAAGUGAUCUCUCCAAUGCCGUAGCUGAGACUUUAAAAUCAUCUUCCCGAAAACAACAACUUCCACGUUCAGAAAGUUGUGUUGCUGUUUGUAAACAAGCAUGUGCUGAAAAUCACAAAAAUUUAGGAGUUAAGAAGGCCAAAUGUUUAUCGCAUUGUCCAUCCAUUUGUAAAGGACUUUAA